AUGCAGUUCGGCCAGCUGCCCCAAGCACGGGUAGAUCAACGUGAGGAGACCGGACGGUACGACGGGGAGAUACUGCAGCCCGGCCUGCGCCCCAUCAGUGGCGUUCGCACCACGUUGCACCAACCAGGCGACAUCGAAAAGCACCACAGCAUCGCCCCGCUACUGGACUCAGCAACCCUGGUAGACAGACGACAUCGUAAAUGGCAACAAAUACUUUGGCGUGAAUUGCCAAAUGAACCUCUUCAAGUGUACGAAUUGAAGACGGUAACUUAUGGAAUGGCUUGUAGUCCAUUCAACGCAAUACGCGCACUGCGUCAAUGUGCGAAUGACAAUUAUGAAGUCAUCUAUGACCCAAGCCGGGCUGCCGCAGCGCGUCAUAGCAUACUUUAUAAUUUCUACGUUGAUGACUAUUUGGAUAGCGUCGACAGCGAUGAACUUGCUAUUACCCGACAAUUAAUAUUGGGAAAGUGGAAUUCCAAUUCUACACACGUAUUAUCCGCGAUAACCGGUACAACACCUUCUGCAUCCGAACUAGAGUUGAACAACUCAACAACAAAGGUAUUGGGUCUUUACUGGGAUCCAGUUAGCGACGAGCUCUUCUUCAAGGUAGGCUUAGUUGACGACACUUCAAUGCAUACCAAGCGAAAGGUUUUGAGUGACGUGGCGAAAUUAUAUGAUCCAACUGGGGUAUUGGCACCCGUGGUCGUGGUGGCCAAACUAUUCAUACAGGACUUAUGGAAGGCUGGUCUCCCAUGGGACGCUGAACUUCCUCCAGAACUACUCAGUUCAUGAGUCUUAUUCCGCAACAGUUUGCAAGAUAUUACACGACUUCGUAUUCCUCGUUGGCUAGGUAUACGAGUGGGCUCUUUGGUGCAUUUACACGGCUUUUGCGAUGCUAGUCGUAAAGCGUAUGCAGCAGUCAUAUAUGUUCAAACGAUCGAUAAAGGUGGUACAUCACGCACAGCUCUUGUUUCAGCGAAGACGAAGAUAGCACCAAUUAAGGAUGUGACGAUACCACGCCUCGAACUGUG